AUGGCGUCUUCUUCGUCUUCUCGUCAAACGAAGCAUCAAGUUUGCUUGAGCUUUACAGGAGAAGACACGCGCCUUAAUUUUACCAGUCAUAUUCUGAAACCUUUGAAAGACACAGGAAUCAAUGUUUUCUUCGAUGAAGAUACACUGGAAAAAGGGGACCAACUUUCACUAACAUUUUCUCAAGCAAUUGCAACCUCAACUCUCUCGAUCAUCGUUUUGUCUGUCAACUAUGCUUCUUCAAAAUCAUGCUUGGCUGAACUCUCUAACAUCGUGGACCGCAAGGAUACUGAAGGACAUAUUGCUCUUCCCAUCUUUUAUCGUGUUGAUCCUUCUAGGUUACGGAAUCUUACUGGGAGAUUCAAAACCUCCUUUGAUGACCAUGAACCAGAAAAGCUAGAUCAAGUACAGCAAUGA